CGCGUAUAUCACGCGUAAUAGCGCGUUUCUAAAUUCGAGUGCGCUAAGCAAGAGCCAUCAAUCGUCUACCGUUGUUGAUCUUUUCUGUAAAAUCCUCAUCGCCAUCUUUACCCAGCUUCUCGACAAUCCUUCAAUUUUCUUGUCAUCUUUUGAUCUUUAUUCUAUUCGGUCUGUUUCGUUGAUAACCGGCUAUCAAUCGAGGGAAAAAAACAAAAGAACGGAAAAGAAAUAGCUUCAGCGAAAUUUUUUUUAUAGAAUCAGCUUUUCGCUUCAAAGAUGGGAGGUGGAAAUGAUCAUAAUGAAUCUGACAAAGGACUUUUCUCAAACAUUGCUCACGGGUUAGCUCAUGGUGUUCACGGGGCUCAUGGUUAUCCUCCUGGAGCCUACCCUCCUCCGCCUCCGGGAGCCUACCCUCCGCCUCCGGGGGCCUACCCUCCGCCUCCGGGGGCCUACCCCCCACCACCUCAUGGGUAUCCACCUCCUGGUGGCUAUCCUCCAGCGGGUUAUCCUCCUGCUGGCUACCCGCCUACUGGUUAUCCUGGUCCCUCUGCUCCAGUAUACGGGCACGGGCACAGUCAUCAUCAUGGAGGGUCUGGGAUGGGGGGAUUGCUUGCCGGAGGAGCUGCUCUUGCCGGAGCUGCAUAUGGCGCUCAUCACCUCAGCCACGGCCACCACGGCCACCACGGUCACUAUGGGUACGGACACGGUGGUUUCAUGGGCCAUGGGAAAUUUAAGCAUGGAAAGUUUGGCAAGCACGGAAAAUUCAAACACGGGAUGUUUGGAGGAAAGCACUUCAAGAAGUGGAAGUAAUCUUACAUGUGUUCCUUCAUGAUGCUGAAUGCUUGUUUCUAAGUUCUCAUAAAUAAACAAUGAUGUCAAUUAUUGACGGUUUGCUUCUAACUCUGAUGCCCUUAGCUGAUAGAGUUUUGAAUCAGAAUAGCAGCAUUGAUUGUAUUAUAAGUGUGCUGGUCUUUGAUUUGCCGCUGACAGCGAAAACAUAUUGGCUAAUACCCAUUCUUUUCUUCUUUUCCUCUCUUUGAUUCCCUGCCGUGUUUGUACAGCACUUAAUAAUAAAAGUUAUAAUUCAUUCUCUCA